AUGGGUUCAAGAUCACCGAGCCAGUCUGAGGGCGAAAUCUUGACGUCAGACUCGGAAGCGAAGGCAAAGAGCAUACCAUCUUCCCGCAGUAACAGCAAGGUUGACCGUCGUUCCAGACCAUCUUCCAUUCCGUAUAGCGCUACCUCUAGAUCACAUCGAUCGCGUUCAAGAUCUCCUUACCGAGCUCCCAAGGGCGAGAAGCGUCCCCGCGACUAUGACCAUUCGAGAAAUAGAUCCCAUAAUGAUACGCGCACUUUUGCUGUGAGAUACGAAGAUGGCACUUACCCGCACCGACGCCACGGAUCGUACGAAGAAAGAAGCUCAAAGAGAUCGCGAACCUACUCUCGGAGUCGCAGCAGGAGUCGGUCACCAUACAGACAUUCUCGUCGUAAAGAGGAAGCAAUGGACAACAGCUCCGCAAUUACCAGGGAUCUAGGUAGCAGGUUUGAGUCCAAUUCCAAACAUGCAGAUACUCAACGGACAACAUCAACAGCGCCCUCGCGAGAUCUUCCUUCUGACAAAGUCACCUCUAACUUGGUGGCUCGGCCAGGAUCUCACACCGUGGGACAGGAACAGACUGGGAAUCGACCCGAUAAUUCCGCCACUGCUCCUGUGGGCACCAUUGUGGAGGAAGGCGAAGAGUCCAGAGUGGUAGAUGAGGCUGCUUUGAUUGAAGAACGGCGGAAACGCCGUGAAGCCAUCAAGAACAAAUACCGUGGCCAAGCUCCGCCAUUAUUGGUUAAAGCACUUCAUCUAGGGGCCGAAUCCACUCCGGCAAGUCCUGCUCCAGAAAGCUAUACUACAACGCCGCGCCGAUCCGAAUCACCUGUGUCGUCCUCGCCUCGCACGCCGAGAGACCUUUCUGCCCCACAGUCUCCUGCGGAAAUCAAAUUCGAUAAUGAAGCGGAUCUGACUAACGCUGAUAGAAGAUCUCCAGCCGAAGAUGGCCCUUCAGCUGCUGAUUAUGAUCCCACUGUGGACAUGGAGGAGGAACGAGCACGACAUGAAAAACGUCUUUUCAAGGAAGACGAGAAAUCUCUUGAGCAGGCAGAUCAAGCAGUAACCAAAGAUGCUGACAGAUCUUCUCUCCCUCCUUCCAAAGCGCCUGGUGAGUUCGACAUGUUUGCCGACGAGGAUGAUGAGGACGAUAUGUUUGCCGAAGCUCCCAUGAAACCUAAAGCAGAGAUAAAGACUGCGCAAGCUUUGGAUGUCAACCUCAUGGACAACUGGGACGAUCCUGAAGGAUACUACAUUACAAUCCUUGGUGAGCUAAUCGAGGACCGCUACCAUGUCACUCAAAACCUUGGGAGAGGGAUGUUCUCUUCCGUCGUCAGAGCUACUGAUAGACGAACCGGCAAACCGGUCGCUAUCAAAAUUGUCCGCAAUAACGAAACCAUGCGAAAAGCAGGAAUCAAGGAAAUCGACAUUCUCAAGGACAUCGCCGCCAAUGAUCCAGAAGACAAGAAACACAUCAUUCGCCUUCAGCGAUCUUUCGAUCAUAAAGGACACCUUUGCAUGGUUUUCGAAAAUCUUUCCAUGAACCUCCGGGAGGUGCUCAAAAAGUUCGGCAGAGACGUGGGUAUCAAUAUCAAGGCUAUCCGAGCAUACGCUCAGCAACUUUUUCUGGGACUGAGCUUGCUGAAAAAAUGUCAAUAUAUACACGCUGAUCUGAAACCAGACAACAUCCUUGUCAACGAAGCUAGGAGUACGCUGAAGAUUUGUGAUUUGGGAUCUGCCUCUCCCAUCACGGAGAAUGUCACAGCGCCAUACCUAGUGUCUCGCUUCUAUCGGGCUCCUGAAGUCAUCCUUGGUAUUCCUUAUGACUAUGGGAUUGAUAUGUGGUCUGUUGGAUGCACCCUUUUCGAGCUUUACACGGGGAAGAUUUUGUUCACAGGCCGCAACAACAAUGGCAUGCUUCGCGCAAUCAUGGAAUGCCGUGGAAGGUUUCCCCACAAGCUUCUCAGGCGCGGUGCCUUGACGUAUGAUUACUUUGAUGACCUGCUCAACUUCCGAGCUCAAGAAACAGACAAGGUCACAGGUCGGACAAUUGUGAAAGUGAUAGACAUCAAGCCGAAACCUGUCAGAGAUCUGAGGUCUCGACUGAUUCCUAAGGACAAGCGAAUGAAUGAGCAGGAGCGGAGAGAGCUGGAUUUGUUUGUGGAUCUACUGGAUAAGUGUUUGGACUUGCGACCGGAGAAGCGCAUCACGCCCAACGACGCAUUGAAGCACCCUUUCAUCUCGAGGACGAAGUCAUGA